UUUCCAGAAUAUAUUUAGUACUGAAAAAGGAAUCAUAUACAGAAGUUUUGGUUUUUUGCUGAGACCAUCUUUAUUGUUUUUGGUUGUAAGGAAAUUAGUUUGGUAAUAAUGUAUUUUUUUUGUCAGCAUAGUAACUUUCUCUUUAGUAGUCCAAACUACAAUUUAAUAAUAAGGUCCACUAGUAAAAAAAAAUACUAACAAUAGUCAAAUAUCCAAGGAUAUUGAUUGAAGACAUAGAAACAAUUCAAUGCUCUAAUAAGGCAGUUAAAGAUUUUACCAAUGACCAUUCUAAGUAUGUAUCUAUGCAAAAUUGACUUUCUUAAACUACUCUUGAAUAUGAUGAUGAGGCUCAAUGAAAACCCUUCACACAUUCACUACUAUAAAUACAUAAAGAAAUGACUGCAAAACAAAUCAAAUCAAUAACUUAAAAACAUAAACAAAAGAAAAAAAAAUGGGUAGGAGAAAGAUUAAGAUGGAGAAAGUGCAAGACACAAACACAAAGCAAGUCACGUUUUCAAAACGUAGACUUGGUUUGUUCAAGAAAGCUGGUGAGCUUGCGACUCUGUGCAACGCCGAGGUUGGUAUCAUGGUCUUCUCUCCCGGAAACAAACCUUACCCCUAUGGGAGUCCGAGCUUUGAACUGGUUGCAGAGCGUUACAACAACGAGUCAGAAGACUCGGAUAGCUGUGAGACAUCAGGCAACGGUAGAGGCAACCGGGCUAGGCAAGAGAAGAGGAUAUGCAAACGUCUCAACUCGAUCAUGGAGCAAGUUGAAGCUGAGAAGAAGCGAGGGGAAGAUUUUGAGCAUCAGCUUGAAACUGCUGGUGGAGAAGAGAGGUUCGACAAGCCCAUUGAAGAGCUUUCCCUUGAGGAGCUUGAGGAGUAUGAAGGUAAGAUGAUGGACAUGCUUGAUAAUAUUCAAGGUAACAUUAGUGGUAUGGAAGUUUCGUCUACUCUUGUGAUCAUGUCUAAGGAUACUCAAAAUAAGUAGACAGAGAUAUCGUUGUGUUGCUGAUCUUUUAAAGUCUUUGUUUCCUUUUACUUUUAUGUUAAGACAUGUAAUAAAUUGGUUAUGAUCUAUUAUUGGUUGUAACUUUUGGUUUCUUGAAGACAAUCUUAUUAUGAAAGACUAUAUUUAUGAACACAA